UUUCUACAACCCCGAAUUUCCUUACGCUGCUAACAAAUGGAUGCUUCCUGCUCAAUUUCACAGUGACGUUUCCGUGUACAGGUGAAAUUAAUUAAAUACAGCCAAUCCGAGGCGACAAAAUCAUCUGGAAUACCUCAUUUCAUAUUAAUACGUAAUCAUGCCGCUUCUAGGCAAGAAAGACAAGAGUAAAAAGAAAAAGGAUCCUUCGUUAGCUGAGGAUCAUCAAGGCCAAGCCAACAGUGUCGGCGAUCCCCCAGGAGAAAUGUCUGCGAAUCAAGCCAAGUCGGCACCCAAUGGUGCGGCCGCCACUGACCCAUCCCAGGCUCCAGAGGGUCAGAAGUCGGUCUACAGGACCCCCAAAUAUCAGUUCCACUGUCAGCUGGCCCAGGGCAGUCCAACCGGAGUAAUCAGCGGGUUCACGAAUGUCAAACAACUUUACGAGCAAAUCGCGCAGACCUUCGAUUUCGAUGCAUCGCAGAUUAUGUUCUGCACCCUGAAUACACACAAAGUAGACAUGAACAAACUCCUUGGAGGCCAGAUAGCAUUGGACGAUCUUAUAUUUGCUCACAUAAAGGAACAACCCAAAGAAAUUGAAAUUAACAAGGCGGAAGAUGCGCUUGGCCUAACGAUUACCGACAAUGGCGCUGGUUACGCAUUCAUAAAAAAAAUUCGGGAAGGUAGCAUUAUGCAUAAAAUACCGGAGGUGAAAGUCGGUGAUCACAUUGAAAAAAUUAACGGAAAGAGUGUGGUGCCUUGUCGGCAUUAUGAAGUUGCCAGGAUGUUAAAGGAAAUACCACGAGGAAGUAUCUUUACUAUUCGAUUAGUUGAGCCGAAGAAAUCUGAAAUGGUGAACAUAGGUCUGCCGAACCGAGGGGGCAAGAAAAAGGGUGGAGGAGUAAAAACUGGCAAAGCCACGAUUAGAUUGAAGGCCUCGGGUGUGGAAGAGGGCGUGGUAAAUGAGGCUGAGGAAGUAGCUGUGAAUAAGAUUGAUCUUCUACUCGAGACGUUCCUGGGGGUUGCCGAUAAUGAUUUAGCUCGUUGUAUUUAUGAAAUGGGAGACAAGGUCGACGACAUUGACAACAACCCCUCUGAAUUUGUCACGGCCAUUGAUGACGCGUUUGAGGACUUUGGAUUUACGGAGGAAUUUAUAUUUGACGCUUGGGCAGCGAUAAAAGAGGCACGAAAAGAAGCGAGGAACCCUAGUAAGAAUGUCGUGGAUAUCAACGAACAAUUUUGAGGAUAAUGAACAAUUCUUUUAGACUGGUAUCCACGGUGUGCAGCCUUUCUACCCAACCGGUCAGAAAUGGGAUCAUCUGCUUUAGUGCAGUUCGCACUGACUGGUUGGGAUGAUUCACUUGUUAUAGGGGUGUUAGGUAAUCAUUGGGGCAGUUGUGGGUUCCGGUUUGGGGUUGAUUGCGGAGCAUCCAACACUCAAACCAGGUAUAUGUUCAUACUAUCUAAUCUGAAUCGGGCCUGAUGUGCAAAAAAUGUUCAGAGCUAUAUGUAUCGUCAAAAUGAGUCGGACACAUCCUCAAGAUUGCAAUGAGCAGGAAUUACUGCGGGGGUUUUACAAUUACAAAGUUAUCAGAUGUUUAAGGUAAGGUGGUACAUUUAUAGGCCUGGUACAAUUAUAGCCUUGUGUGCAUUAUUGUAUACUGCCAGCUGUUCUCUCUGCUGCGGGCUAUAAUUGUACCACUUUACCUUACAUUCUGACGACCUUUCUUGGAUUCAACAGUAAAUGAACACAAAAAUUCUACUGAGUAUUUUUGCACAUCUUGUGAUGUGUCUCUGUAAUGAAAAAUACAUUCUGUGACUGUACAUACUGGUGGCCGUCAGGAGAUGCACUUCAUCUUAGCCCUUCGAAGCCCGAUCACGACUUUUGUCGACAAAGAAAAACCUCUCCGUUUGCCCGAUCACGACUAUAGUCGCGAAAACCUACUCAGCAACCCUUCACAUAAAACUCUACAGCUUUGUGCAACUGAGGUAUUCAGAAUGACAACUUUGGUUACGUAGUGCGUUAGCUGAGCAUGAAUUUCAUCAUAUAAAGUUUUCCAGGGUGAAAAUUUGAGUUAUGUGAAUAUUUCUAUAAAAAUAUCAAGGUGAUGUAACCAAGUUUCAUAUAAGGUUUUCCAGGGUAAAAAUUUGAGUAAUGUGAGUAUUUUGGCAUCAUAGGUGAUGUAAACAACAUUACGGAAACUCGGGCUUCAUAGAGAGGUAUCUCUUUGGAAACUCGGGCCCCAGAGGGUUAAUAAAAAGGAGGCAACAUUCCUUCUAAACCUACCUUGUCACAACAGGCCCGGAACGGGUGAACAUUAUAAAAAUAUUAUAAUCAUGUAGCAAUCAUGAACAUUGUAAGAGCACAAAAUUUCGGUUACCGGUACAAAAACCUGUACAAGCACGAGACAAUUUUUUAAUUCACACAGGAAUUUGUAAAAUUGUUUACGUUGACCUAUUUCCGCCUGACCACGUUUCUGUCCGAAGCAACUGCUUUCACUUUUUAAAGGGAUAUGUCGUUCGAAUUUAAUCAUUGGUCAGGAAAACAGAAUGUGGUUUAAAUACGCAAUUCCGUAGUGCAGUUGUCAUGCAUGCUAAUUUGAUGAAACCUGGUAUGUAUAGUAUUUGUACAUCUGUCUACACAACAGCAAUGAUGAAAUUUAUGUUGAGUGCGUAUUUGACGCAAUUGAAUAUUUUCAAAUUCAAUUACAAAUUACAAAUUUUUAGCAAACGGUAUAGGCCUUUAAAUGUUACCAUCGAUCACAGUCAUUGUACAUAAUUUCAUUGGUAGUUCGGGUGGAAAAUAACCUGUGUCGAGACAAACCACGAUGAAUUAGUCUCGCCUCUGUUCAUUUUCAUCUUGUGGUGUCGCUCUGUUAAGAGAGAAUAUGGCUGUACCUGGGACAGGCUUAAUUAGGUUUUGGGAACACCUAUGUCUAACCUGGUUUUGGACCCAUUAUCAUCUCUUUGUUUGUGUUUAGACUGUAUGUCUCGGGUUUUUACUGCAGUUGUGGCAGGCCUGAGGAGAGAAAUUCAUUGUGGAACGAUAUUGUGAAAACCUCCUUCAAUAUCCCUGCCUAAUAAAGCUCAACUAAAAGUGACUGAAGUAUAUAAUUUCAAAAUGACACAUAAUCACAAAUAUGUGACCCACCACGGCAAAAUCAGUCGCAUGUCGCAUAGGAGAUGAGCCUAAAAUGAUACCUGGACAUAAUAAAAGAAAUUGAUAUACUCAGAUUUCACAAAAGGCAGACAAUAGUGAAAUGAACAACCAGUCCGUCUCAACCUGUCAAGCUCGAAGUGACAUGCGACUCAUUUUGCCAUGGCGGGUCACAUAUGUAGUUUUAUGGCUCUCUGAUAAAUGAUAACAGAGGUAUAAGCCAAAAACCAAAAGAAUACUGUGAAAGUGCGUCACAGUCAAAUUGUGACAACACUUGUACUUUUAUGAGUUGAGUCACAGAGGAUCCGGUCCCUGACGUCACUUACACUCGGUGACAUCACACAAGUUCUUUUCCGUAUGGGGCUUGUAACUCUAUUGAUAUUCGUCACAUACAAAUAAAACUUACAUAUACAUUGGAACCUCCCUUAGCGGACACCUCUCUGUUAAGGACACUUGUAUUGGUCCCAAAUUGGUUUUUACCAUUCAAUUUGACCUCUCUAAUCAGGACACCUCUCUAUUAAGGAGAGUAUUUGAUAGUCCCUUCGGUGCCCUUAAUAGAGAGAUUCUACUGUAUAUGUCAUCAGAACUUUACGGUCUGUAAAUUUAUUUGUUGGAGGCGAUUGUAAAUUCUGUUUUAGUUGAGCUUUAAGGUGGACAUAUGAAAAAUUUGAAGAAGACGGCAAUUUUAUUGUGUCCAGCUAUCGUGUUUGUUAUGUCGAUUUCAAGAAGUUGAUAUAAAUUUGAUCAACAGGGAAAUGUUGUGCAAUGACUUUAAAGAAAAUAAUGGGUUUCCGCAUCACAAAUAACUAUUUACGAAGACAAAUUCUUUGUAUUUGUGCAUUCAAUAUGUUCGAUUUCAAAGAAUUUGUAUUUUGUAUUUGUAACUUUGGUGAGUGAUGCGGAAAAUGACCAAUGUGACUAAUAGACGAUUUUCAGCGAUCACUGCAGAGGGUUUCCAUUCGAUUUGUGGCUGAUAACGUGGGAAAUAGUCUGUACAGGGUUGUCUAUGUUUUUUGUGGUAUCGCUGGCUGCCUGUAGUUAGCAUAUAAGCAAUUUAGUUGGUUGAAGGGCACCUGUACAAAUGGUCUUUAUUUACAUGUAUUAAUAUGUGAAACAGACGCACCAAAUGGCUAAAUAGCGUCAAGAUCCGAGAUAGGAGCUGUCCAGGCAGUGUGAAUGCGUGAAGUCGGAGUUUUGGGACGCCUUACUUGUCUUUGGAAAUCAGGAUAUGGUCUCAGCUGCCGGUAAUUUCAAGGCUGUGGUGCAGGUAUAUUUAGGAAAAUUCUGUCACGCCCCAAUCCAGAUUCCUUCAGUGCAUACAUAUACUUCCAAUGGACAGCCCUAUUUGGUGAUACUUCGUUCUUCUGUGUGUAAAUAAUGAUUCCUAGAUGGUAGAAAAAUCUCAGAGCCGCUCAAUAUUUAUUCAUUAGUAAGUGGUACCAGACCAAUUGGCCUUGCAAGAAAUGUGCAGAAGUUACAUUUAUUUCAAGUGUGACUGCAUCCUCCUUGCGCAUGACCAAAACUCGAACUAAAUCUUUGGUUGUUCAGUCCCUGCUUGUAUUGGCUGCCAUCGACUCUGAAUGGCCUGGACUAUGAGGCCUUUAGGAGACCUUUAGGGUCUCCAGUCAUGUGAAAGUUUGUGACAUGGUGAAAAAAAUAUAGUUAAUAUUUUGGUUGCAGAAGUUUUACUUUAAGUGAUAUAAGUUUUUUGUAAUUUUAUCCCCAAAGUGAGUGUGAAUCUGUCAGCCACCGCCAUUUUCAGUCAAAUUUACACUGCGUGAUCACAAUGUAUAAUGUAUAGUAACUUUCGAACAUUGUCUCUAAUGCCGGCAGAGAGAAUGUACUUUAGAGAAUGGUGUGACUGUGGAUUGUUUAUAAGCCAUGUUCUUCUGAAUAUCAGGUCAUGAGGUCAGAUCUUGUCCACGUGUGCCCAAAGGUAAAUCUUAGCAUAUCAGAUAAAAAAAAUCUCAAUUAUUCUAAAAAAAGAACUCAUAAAACCAAGUGCCUACCGCAUAAUGUCUUACAGUUUGUACUGUCUUAGAAGUGUCAACUGAAAUCAGAUCUGCUGAUAUGGUCUGCCAAAACUUUCUUAUUGGGUCUGUUUAAGAUUUUACAGAAUAAUAAAAUUUUCAAGUUAUAUAGAUAGAUUCUCGUACCGAAUGCCAGGUUAAACAAGGCUGUUGUAAGCAUGGAUAUAGAUUUCAAGUUGCAUUUUGCUGACUGCAUCAUGCAUGGCAAUAAAUCUGAUUUCUGGAUUCAAGCAAUUUACUGUUCCUUUAAGACCACUUUUCUACGAGACCUUUAGCAACGUUAUUCGGUUGGCUAUGGUUUUCUACAGCGUCAUACGCAGCGAUGACCUGACACUUGGUUUGGACCAUGUGUCGUAGUUGUGUCAUGACGACAUCAGACGGAAAUUUUGGUGCCGUAGUGUACGUCACCGCCAAUCAACCGAAGUAUCGGUCUACUAUGGUGAAGUGAUUGAUGUUGCUUUGGGUCAUAUGGUCAUAUGUCUGGAGGCUCUUCAGGUCAUAUGUCUGCAGGCUCAUUAGGUCAUAUGUCUGGAGGCUCAUUAGGUCAUAUGUCUGCAGGCUCAUUAGGUCAUAUGUCUGCAGGCUCAUCAGGUCAUAUGUCUGGAGGCUCAUUAGGUCAUAUGUCUGCAGGCUCAUCAGGUCAUAUGUCUGGAGGCUCAUUAGGUCAUAUGUCUGGAGGCUCAUUAGGUCAUAUGUCUGGAGAAUCUUAUCUCAGAAUGUCGAUCUGUUAGAGGAUAAUUUUUUGUUAAAGUGUCAUAGAUUAUGUUAUCUGUUUACACAAGGAGUUUCAUUUACAUCUUUUUCUCAAUCCAUCCACCUCUUCAAUCUGUCCAGGAUCACACAUUCCACUUGUUAACUAUUUAUAGAUUGUGUAAAUAUUGAUAUAUCUAGCUCCUGAGCAUGAAAAGAUGAAUUUUUUGCUUGAUCAAGUUCACUUCGUAUGUAUAAUUUUCUGUCUGAAGAGUUAGGGACAAAACAUACCCUUCUAGCUAACUGUCUCUAGGUUGCUUAGGCUGUGUCUUAGCCAUGCAGACCUCUCGAUUCUGUCGAUGAUAUUUAUUUACAGAUUUUGCAAAUUGCAAAAAUUAAGAGAUGCGCAAAUUUUGCGCUUCAGAGUACUGGAAUCACAUCAGUGAAUCAAAGCUUCAUGUGUACAUGUAACAUUUCGUUAUGUUUUAUUGUUACCACGUCCAUUUUGGUAUUUAUAUUUCUGUAACAUUCCACCCAUGAAACGUCCUGUUUUAGAAGGAAAAAAACAUCCGCCCAGCAUCGCCUACGUUAAGAUGGGUUAGUUAUAAUAUUCAUAAUUAUCACACAUGUGUACUUAGUAUUUAUGUUUUUGUUUCCUGUUAGUCUGUAAAAUAAGUAUUUAAAAAAUGUAUCGUGUUCUGUCGGCGAGAUUUGUGUGGAGGGAGAAUCUAAACCUCUUCCGUUUGAACCAAAUGGCAUGAUACGGAUCUAGAUACCACUUAGGCUGUUGCCAGGUUACUAAAGAUUGAUGUUUUUUCAGUUGUUCUUACUAAUUGAUAUUGUACCCUCGGUAUAGGGGAGCAUGUCAGAAUGACUUUGAAGCCAAAAUACCAGCACUGUUGGUCUGGGGGAGAGGCAUGAUGUGUUUGUCUUAUUAAUUUUGUUGGCAUCGGCUGAUAAAAUCUUAUCAAAAGUUCAAGAAGCUCACUACUAUUGAGAUUGUUAAAAAAAAUACAUUUGGCAUUCAUUAGAAUGUUAUCCCUGUAAACAUGAUGCCAAUAUGCUGCUACCUUUAUUCUCCAUCUUAUGUUUUGUUUCUUUCAUUGAACUCAACUACUUUACUUCUGGAACUACAUUAUGUUUAAUUCAUUUUAAACUUAUGAAAACUUAUUUUGAAUUUGAUACGCCGAGUGUGCUCAAAAUUUGUUGAUGCCAGAAGACAGUCUUGUCUGAUGGUCUUUCUAGAGUUUGGAGGGGUCGUGGGAGAGAUGAACAGUAUUCUUUUUUUAGCCUCAAGAUAAAUUUAACAUGCUCUCAAAGCCUACCAGUACAUGUAGUUAUCAUAGGCCAUUCUACACCUCCCUUUAUACAUGCACAUUUGGGUGAAAGAUCUGUUUUCUUAUAACCAUUAGUUGCCUAUGUUAUAUUCAAAAAUUGGCACUGAUACAAUUUCCUUGUGAUAUUACGUAUGCUAUAUAAGGUUAUUGGUAUUGCAUGUCAAGAGUUUUGUUGCAAAAUGCAUAAACUAUAAUCCAUUUUCACAACAAUUGUCGACCUGUUUUCAACAGAAAAAGACACCCCAUCACAUUGAAGCAUUUGCUUCAGUGGUCUCUACAGGGUGGCCCAGAAUUAUGUUCCCUCACACAAUGGAUACACAAUAGAAUUCUAUUGUCCAAAGGAAAAUAAUUCUGGGCCACCCUGUAGUUUGUUAUUACUGCCGAGUCACAAUUUCAAGGUCAAUUGUGCUUUGUAACAUAAACCCUUGUGUUUUAUUACCAGCUGUUAUUGUUUUGCCAAUUUCACAACAUUCCAACUAUUUCAGUAUUACCACAUUUUUCCGCGCACUGCUUCAGGGAAUUUGUGAUUGUAGUUCGCUGCAGUCUAUCAGAUUUAGGUGAAACUUGAAUUAGAGAUUUGUUAGGAAUUUUGAUUGGAAGUGUUUGUUGCAAUGUACAAUGUAGCACUCAAUGGCGCAGCAGUCAAUGUCCAUCUCUUUGCCCCCGCCCCUACUCAGAUGAUUGACACUGCAUUUUUUUCUAGGGUCCAUACUUGACACUUAUUCACCCAGGAAUUAAAAUGAGAUCAUCUGGGGUUUGUCCUCAAGUUCUUCACUGAUUACAAGUAUCUUUCUUUUAAAAUUAAUGAAGAAGUCAAUUUUUUUCUGGGGAAAAAACUGUUUUAGAAAUUUGAAAUUAUUUGAUUUCAAAUAUUUGAAAUUAUUUGAUUAGCAUGAACAUUUUAGGUCUUUAGUGGCCAGCUAUCCCUUUUGUGAAAGAAGACGGAAAUUUAAUUGAUGCUGUCAGUUAACAAUCAGAAUAUGCUUUGAUAUAGAAGGAUUUGAUCGUCUGUAGUGAAAUUUAAUAAGAAUUUCUGAUAAGUUGUUGACAGUGCUUCAAACUUGGCUGAUGGUAUUUAUUUCAGCAUGAUUUAGUUUUAAAACUAGGUUUAACAGCAACAUGCCUGUUCUGUGGUAAAAUUGUAUAGUAUGUAGUUUAGCUCCAGAACACAAAAAAAAUCACAAUAAAUGGAAAAUCACUCUUCAAAUUCAAUUUCUAUUUGUGACUGCCUUGUGCAAUGAAUGCUGAGCCAAUCUUAUGCAUUAACAUUGUAUAGAAAUCAACUCUCAAUUUUGUGUUUGUGAAAUAAAUACUUGAAUGUAUAUUGUA